AUGACUGACAUCACAGAGGCUCUCUCAACUAUAUUCUCACAUCAUUCUCAUACUUCUUUCCAUAUCUCUUUCAAAUUUAAUAUGGAUAUCAAUCAGUUUGAAGAACAAAAUGUAUAUAAUGAUGCUGCAGAAGCCUUUCACAGCAAUCUGAAUACUCUGUUCACUAUCACAGAAAUCAUCAAUUUCACACCCUCAUUCACAGCAAUAAACAAAGAAAUUAUCAUUUUCAAUACUGAGAAUCUGACACAAGCAACUCUCAGUGCUACUCAGAAAGACAUCAGUACUAUAAAUAAAAGAUAA